UAACGUAUAGCUCUCUCUCUCUCCCGUGAACGACGACGUCGCUAAUGGCGGUGGUUUAUUACCUGCUGCUGGCCGGGCUGAUCGCCUGCUCUCAUGCACUAGCGGCAGGCACGCCUGCGCUCGGAGACGAUCGCGGCCGUCCCUGGCCAGCCUCCCUCGCCGCGCUGGCCUUGGACGGCAAGCUCCGGACCGACAGCAACGCGACGGCGGCGGCCUCGACGGACUUCGGCAACAUCACGUCGGCGCUCCCGGCGGCGGUCCUGUACCCAUCGUCCACGGGCGACCUGGUGGCGCUGCUGAGCGCGGCCAACUCCACCCCGGGGUGGCCCUACACCAUCGCGUUCCGCGGCCGCGGCCACUCCCUCAUGGGCCAGGCCUUCGCCCCCGGCGGCGUCGUCGUCAACAUGGCGUCCCUGGGCGACGCCGCCGCGCCGCCGCGCAUCAACGUGUCCGCGGACGGCCGCUACGUGGACGCCGGCGGCGAGCAGGUGUGGAUCGACGUGUUGCGCGCGUCGCUGGCGCGCGGCGUGGCGCCGCGCUCCUGGACCGACUACCUCUACCUCACCGUCGGCGGCACGCUGUCCAACGCAGGCAUCAGCGGCCAGGCGUUCCGCCACGGCCCACAGAUAUCUAACGUGCUGGAGAUGGACGUUAUCACCGGCCAUGGGGAGAUGGUGACGUGCUCCAAGCAGCUGAACGCGGACCUGUUCGACGCCGUCCUGGGCGGGCUGGGGCAGUUCGGAGUGAUCACCCGGGCCCGGAUCGCGGUGGAGCCGGCGCCGGCGCGGGCGCGGUGGGUGCGGCUCGUGUACACCGACUUCGCGGCGUUCAGCGCCGACCAGGAGCGGCUGACCGCCCCGCGGCCCGGCGGCGGCGGCGCGUCGUUCGGCCCGAUGAGCUACGUGGAAGGGUCGGUGUUCGUGAACCAGAGCCUGGCGACCGACCUGGCGAACACGGGGUUCUUCACCGACGCCGACGUCGCCCGGAUCGUCGCGCUCGCCGGGGAGCGGAACGCCACCACCGUGUACAGCAUCGAGGCCACGCUCAACUACGACAACGCCACGGCGGCGGCGGCGGUGGACCAGGAGCUCGCGUCCGUGCUGGGCACGCUGAGCUACGUGGAAGGGUUCGCGUUCCAGCGCGACGUGUCCUACACGGCGUUCCUUGACCGGGUGCACGGCGAGGAGGUGGCGCUCAACAAGCUGGGGCUGUGGCGGGUGCCGCACCCGUGGCUCAACAUGUUCGUGCCGCGCUCGCGCAUCGCCGACUUCGACCGCGGCGUCUUCAAGGGCAUCUUGCAGGGCACCGACAUCGUCGGCCCGCUCAUCGUCUACCCCCUCAACAAAUCCAUGUGGGACGACGGCAUGUCGGCGGCGACGCCGUCGGAGGACGUGUUCUACGCGGUGUCGCUGCUCUUCUCGUCGGUGGCGCCCAACGACCUGGCGAGGCUGCAGGAGCAGAACAGGAGGAUCCUGCGCUUCUGCGACCUCGCCGGGAUCCAGUACAAGACCUACCUGGCGCGGCACACGGACCGCAGUGACUGGGUCCGCCACUUCGGCGCCGCCAAGUGGAAUCGCUUCGUGGAGAUGAAGAACAAGUACGACCCCAAGAGGCUGCUCUCCCCCGGCCAGGACAUCUUCAACUGAUGAUAGCCCAUGCAUGCAUGCAUGUUUUAGUUUCUUGGGACAAUAAUGUGAAUAACUCCCAGCUAGCGGCUAUUAAUUAAUCUGUAUAUAGAUUGAUCACUGCACUGAUGUAUGUCAAGGUCAUUAUUUACGUUAUGGUAAAAAAAAUACCCUCGUCGU